GGAGGAGGAGGAAUGGCCGCGCGGGGCAGCGAGGGAGGAGGAGGAGGUGAGGAGGGGAAGGUGGGGCUGCACCGGCUGUUCAGGUUCGCGGACGGGGUGGACGCGCUGCUCAUGGCGGCCGGCGCGGCCGGGGCCGUCGCGAGCGGCGCCGCGCAGCCGCUCAUGAACCUCGUCUUCGGCGAGGUCGUCGACGCGUUCGGCUCCGGCUCCCACGACGACGUCCUCCACCGCGUCUCCAAGGUGUGCCUGAAGUUCUUCUAUUUGGCUAUUGGAUCAUGGUUCGCUUGCUUCCUCCAGGUUGCAUGUUGGAUGAUUACUGGCGAAAGACAAGCUGCCCGCAUUCGAGGGUUGUAUCUUGAAGCCGUAUUGAGGCAAGAUAUUGCAUAUUUUGAAAAGGAGAUGACAACUGGACAGGUAGUUGAGAGGAUGUCUGGAGAUACAAUACUCAUCCAGGAUGCAAUAGGUGAAAAGGUUGGGAAGUUUAUACAACUCACUGCUACAUUUGUGGGGGGUUUUGUAGUUUCUUUUGCUAAAGGAUGGCUUUUAUCAUGUGUCAUGCUCUCAAGUAUUCCUCCUAUAAUAAUUGCUGGAGCAACUAUGUCAUGGGUUAUAUCAAAGCUGUCAACCCAUGGUCAAUCCAAGUAUAAUGAAGCAGGGAAUGUUGUUGAACAGACAAUUGGAGCUAUCAGAACGGUUGCUUCAUUCAAUGGUGAGAACCGAGCCAUUGCAUUAUACAACAAAUACAUUCACAGUGCAUAUGUCUCUGCUGUUCAAGAAAGCACAGCAACUGGCCUGGGAUUUGGUUUUAUUAUGUUUAUCCUGUUCUGCACUUAUGGUCUAGCAGCAUGGUAUGGGGCAAAAUUGAUUAUCGAUAAAGGAUAUGAAGGAGGGCAAGUUGUCACUGUCUGGAUGGCAUUCAUGACUGGGGCAAUGUCACUGGGUGAGGCAACGCCAUGUAUGUCUGCUUUUGCUUCUGGGCAGGCUGCUGGUUAUAGAAUGAUGCAAACAAUCCAAAGAAUGCCAGCAAUUAAUUCUAGUGGAACAGAUGGUAUCCAAUUAGAGAACAUCAAAGGCGAUAUAGAACUGAGGAAUAUAUACUUCAGCUAUCCAUCUAGGCCUGACCAAUUGAUAUUUGAUGGGUUUUCGUUGCAUGUCUUGAGUGGCAUAACUAUGGCUAUAGUAGGAGAGAGUGGCAGUGGAAAGUCAACGGUGAUUAAUCUCAUCGAGAGAUUCUAUGAUCCACAGGCUGGUGAAGUUUUGAUUGAUGGUGUUAACAUAAAGACUCUGAGGCUUAGGUGGGUUAGGGAAAAGAUUGGCCUUGUCAGCCAGGAACCACUUUUGUUUGCCACUAGUAUCCGAGAGAACAUUGUCUAUGGCAGAGAAGACGCAACAACCGAGGAGAUAGUGGCUGCAACAGAGCUUGCUAAUGCAGCAAAGUUCAUUGACAAUCUACCUAAUGGCUUGGACACAAUGGUUGGUGAGCAUGGAGCUCAGCUAUCUGGUGGGCAAAAACAAAGAAUUGCAAUUGCAAGGGCUAUCCUUAAAAAUCCCAGAAUUCUGCUGCUUGAUGAAGCAACCAGUGCACUAGACUUAGAGUCUGAGCGAGUGGUUCAAGAGGCCCUUAAUAGAAUUAUGCAAGACAAGACCACAAUUGUAGUAGCUCAUCGGCUGAGCACCAUAAAAGAUGCUGACAGUAUAUCAGUCGUGCAGCAUGGAAGAGUAGUCGAGCAAGGCACACAUACUGAACUACUGAAGGACCCCGAUGGUGCAUACUCUCAGCUUGUCCAACUGCAGGGUGUAACUAAAGAACUGGAUAAAUCUGAUGCUGAUUAUCGAAGGUCCAUUUCAACUGUUCGAAGUGCUAUAUCCAUUAGCAAAUCUAGAAGCAGCAAUAAAUCAUUUAAGAAAUUAUUAAGUCGAGGAACUUCAUUUGGGAGUACUAGUGUGCAUUUAGUCACGGCAGCUGGUAUGAUAGUCCCUGAAAGCAUGUCUACUGAGGUACCAUCCAAGGUAUUAGAUGACAUUGAAGAGCACAAGAAGGUGCCCCUUUGUCGACUUAUUUCUCUUCACAAACCAGAGAUACCAGUUCUUCUAUUAGGUACAGCUGCUGCAGUUGUAGCAGGUAUUCUCUUUCCAAUGUUAGGUUUGUUGAUCUCCAGUUCCAUAAAAUCGUUCUAUGAGCCACCACAUCAGCUUCAGAAAGAUGCACGGUUCUGGACAUUGAUGUAUGUAGCAGCAGGAAUCGCUUCACUUAUUUCCCUGCCAGUGGAAAAUUUCCUAUUUGGAGUGGCUGGUGGGAAAUUGGUUGAGCGCAUCCGUUCUUUAUCUUUUAAAAGAAUUGUUCAUCAAGAAAUCAGUUGGUUUGACAAUCCCUCGAAUGCAAGUGGAACAAUUGGUGCGAGGCUAUCUGUUGAUGCUUCAAAUAUUCGGCGUCUUGUAGGAGACUCAUUAGCAUUGAUUGUUCGAAGCUCUGUUACAGUUCUUGCUGGAUUUACCAUUGCAAUGGUUGCAAACUGGAGGCUUGCCCUUGUUGCCACGGUAGUGCUUCCUUUGGGGGGUCUCCAGGGAUUUUUCCAGAUUAAGUUUUUGGAGGGAUUCAGUGCAAGUGCCAAGGUCAAAUAUGAAGAAGCAACUCAAGUAGCACAUGACGCUGUCAGUAGUAUACGGACUGUCGCUUCCUUCUGUGCUGAGCAUAGGAUAAUGAAGGCUUACUACAAAAAAUGUGAAGCUCCGGUGCGACAGGGGAUACGCCAAGGGAUUGUCAGUGGCUUAGGUUUCGGUAUAUCAUUCUUUGUACUGUAUUCUACAUAUGCCCUUUGUUUCUAUGUUGGAGCCAAGUUCAUGCUUGAUGGCAAGGCCACGUUCACUGAAAUAUUCAGAGUGUUCUUUGCUUUGCUGAUGGCAACCAUAGGAGUUUCCCAGACAAGUGCGAUGGGUUCAGAUUCUGCCAAGGCCAAGGCAUCGGCAUCUUCAAUAUUUGCCAUGAUUGACCGUGAAUCGAAGAUCGACUCGAGCAGUGAUGACGGCAUGGUCUUAGCUAAUGUGGCCGGUGAGCUCGAACUCCACCACAUUUGUUUCUCGUACCCGUCCCGACCAGAUAUACACAUAUUCAAAGAUCUGUCAUUGAGAAUACCAUCAGGAAAGAUGGUUGCCCUUGUCGGAGAGAGCGGCUGUGGAAAAUCAACCGUCAUAGCACUACUGGAAAGAUUUUACGACCCUGAUUCAGGAACAGUGACGCUCGACGGUGUCGACAUCAAGAAUCUGAAAGUUGGGUUUCUGCGGCAGCAGAUGGGGCUGGUGAGCCAGGAGCCCGUCCUGUUCAACGACACGAUUCGCGCCAACAUCGCCUACGGCAAGGAAGGCGAGGCCACGGAAGAGGAGAUCAUCGCCGUCGCGAAAGCCGCGAACGCGCACCAGUUCAUCUCGGCGCUGCCCCGGGGCUACGACACCUGCGCCGGCGAGAGGGGCGUCCAGCUCUCCGGCGGGCAGAAGCAGCGGGUCGCCAUCGCCAGGGCCAUCCUGAAGGACCCCAGGAUUCUUCUGCUCGACGAGGCGACGAGCGCGCUGGACGCCGAGUCGGAGCACGCCGUCCAGGCGGCGCUGGAGGCGGUGAUGGUCGGCCGGACGACGGUCGUGGUGGCUCACCGGCUGUCCACGAUCAGGGGCGCCGACGUGAUCGCCGUCCUCAAGAACGGCGAGGUUGUCGCCACGGGGAGGCACGAGCAGCUCAUGGCGCAGAAGGAUGGCGUGUACGCUUCGUUGGUGGAGCUCCGCUUGAGCUCCGAACGCGCCGGUGACUCCAGGCCCUCGUGACCAUGAUCUGAUCACUGUGCCAUGGGAUUGCAUGACGAAACUGUACAUUCGUAGUAAGAUUGUAAAUAGCUUGGAAAAGGUUGUGUCGAAUACCUGACCAUCGUCGCAGCACUUGUAACUCGCAGUACCGUGAAAUAUUGCAUGUAAAUAUGUAAUACGCGUUUCGUUUGUAAGACGCAAAAUCAAAGCAUUGCAGUACAACUGAUAUACAAAAAUGUAGGGGGAAAUGCUUGAUGAGGAUAACUUAUCGCGUGAUGGACUACAUAUAUGUACAAACAAAUGAGCUAACAAGCUUGCAGUUAUCAAGUACUCCCUCCGU